GUGACGAACUUCACUUAGUACGAUUAGAAGUGUUUUUCGUACUUUAUAUUUAAAAAAUAUUUAAAUAUAUAAAUAAAAGUUUGUUAAUUAAUGUGUAGACAAAACUGAUGUUAAUUUUAAUUAAUUUUCACUCUUUAAAUUAUCAUUUUUUACUUCUAUAAAUAUUACGUAGAUAGAAAAAUGACAGAAAUGGUGUGAUAAGAGAAAUGAGAGGGCUUCAUUGAGCACAGACGAACAAUAAAAUUAUCUAUUAAAAUUUUUCAUUCAAAUAUUUUGUAAGGAGAUACAAAAUUUUACAAAACAUAAUCUCAGUGCUCAAGUUUUCAAAGGAUAAUGAAACGUGUAAUUUUGUUUGUUAAUGGCACCGACGUGAACGGCAAGGUUUUUUUGGUUACUCACUCAAUUGAUGAACUCUUGACUGCUGCUAGUAUUAAAUUCAAAAUGGUAGCGAAAAGAAUAUUUACGACUCAGGGGGGAGAAAUCGAUGACAUUAAAUUAAUCAGAGAUGAUGAUAUUUUAUAUGUAUCAAAUGGAGAAGAUUUUUUUCCAAGUGCACAAAAUAAUUAUGCUAAAUGCUCCGAUUGGAUAUCAUUGAAUGUCGGUGGUCGAUGUUUUGCAACAACAAAAAGUACGCUUACCAACAAAGAACCAAUGAGUAUGCUAGCAAGAAUGUUUACCGAGAGCGAAGAGUGCGAAUGGCGGCUUCUACCAAGUAAACGAGAUCGAAGUGGGGCCUUCUUGAUCGAUAGGAGUCCCACAUACUUUGAGCCACUGUUAAAUUAUCUCCGACACGGUCAAUUAAUUCUUGAUCCUAAUCUUAAUGCAGCAGGAGUUUUAGAAGAAGCUCGGUUUUAUGGAAUCGAAGGUGCAGUUAGUAUUUUAGAAGAAAUGGCAGUUGAAGAACAAAAACGAAAACUGGAAACAUCUUCUCUCACACGACGCGAUGUAUUAAAAUCAAUAAUGUCAACACCAAUUUCUUCAGAAUUACGAUUUCAAGGUGUUAAUUUGGUUGGUGCUGAUCUUUCCAGAUUGGACUUAAGAAAUAUCAACUUUAAGUACGCCAAUUUGCAUUGUUCUAACCUGGAGGGGGCCAACUUGUCAGGAUGCUGUUUAGAACGAGCUGAUUUAUCGAAUGCAAAUCUGGAAGGUGCGCAAUUGGUUUGUGUGAAGAUGUUAUGCGCUAAUUUGGAGGCGGCGAAUCUGCAUUCCUGUAAUUUCGAGGAUCCCGGUGGAUUGCCUGCUAUUAUGGAAGGUGUUAAUCUAAAAGGAGCAAACUUAGAGGGCAGCAAUAUGGCAGCUGUUAAUUUACGAGUGGCGACACUUAAAAACGCAAUAUUAAAAAACUGUGAUUUGAGAUCCGCCUGUCUGGCCGGUGCCGAUCUUGAGAGUUGUGAUUUGUCGGGAUCGGAUUUACAUGAGGCGAAUCUACGAGGUGCCAAUUUAAAAGAAGCCGUCUUCGAUCUUAUGCUCACUCCCUUACACAUGUCGCAAACGAUUCGAUGAAAGUAAAAGAACCGCAAGUGCAGUCGUCAUAUACAAAUGGUAUUUAAAGUUCUGUGAUCGUACUUGAGAGUGCUCGAAGGUCUCUGAUAUUUCUUGAUUAUGUACGAUGGGGCGCACUGUUACAUAUUUCCCAAAUGUCAUUUGACCAAAUUUGUGUUUUACCGAGGUGUCACUUAAUUGAACUGUAUUUAUGACGAAAUGACAUUUAACUGAAUUGACAUUUUAACAAAUUUUUAGUCUUACGAAUCGCCAUUGUUGUAAAUUUUUAUUUGUUUAAAGCAACGCAUUUUUACAAGUUUUAACUAAGUUUUGCAAUCUGCUUGGAGCAACAAGAGUUGUUACUGGUUACUAAAUUUUAACUUUGUACAGCAGAAUGAGUUUAAAUUCACUGACUCUCUUACUUUUGUAAGAUGCAAGAGUAAGAGUCAGUAAAUUUAAAAUACUUUCUUCCUUACUCUUGUUGCUCUUGCCUGCGCAGACACCUGAGCUGUGACCAUGUCAAAAAGCCCAAUUGUCAUAUGAUUUGUAUUACAUUACUAUUGUAUUUUCCAUUUUGCAACCGCUAUUAUGCAUGAAUUAAAAAAAUAUUUUUGGAUUUAGCUAAGUAUAAGAAAUGUGCCCUUUAUACGUUGGCAGAUUUAACACAGUAAAAAGUGUUUGUGUGUAGAGGUAGCACAUAAGCAGAAAUUUAAGGGUCAAGUCCCAUGGCACCGUUUUGCGUUGCGUUUUGUAACUAGGCAAUGAGUGCAAAUAGAGAAAACCUAUAUCUGUAUCUUUCUCACACUCAUGGCCUAGUUACAAAACGCAACGCAAAACGCUGUCAUGGGACUCCAGCCUAAGAGACCAUCGAACACUUUUAAGGUCAACACGCAAUAGGUUCGCGAAGUACAAGGAUGAGAUAGAAAAUGACACAAGUAUGACUGUGCAUUUUUUAUUUCAGGCUUUGCAUUUGUGAAUGACGUGCUUCGACCUUUAAGGGUAAGAAAUAUGUGAUUUAUCCUGAUGAAAGGUAUCUUAGGAGCAUUUGACAAGAAUAGUUUGAAAGAAAAUGCAUAAAGAAGAUUAAGGUACUACUACACUUUAGAAGGCUCUUAAAAGACCAAAUUUAAAAAUUUUUUUUAUUAGGUCUUUUAUUAUAAAAAUGUAAAAAACUUUUUUGCCUAUCUUAGUACAUAUUUGGAGAAUAA